AUGGGGGACCCGCCGCCCGCCCCUGAUCCUUCUGCCCGGCAGCCCUCGAGCCGGAGGAGUUCCCAGGUCUCUGAGCAGCGCAGUCAGGAACGCGCUCAGCUCCCGCCCGCGGUCCCCGACGGGGUGCAACAGAUGCCGCUGGACGCCCAGGUCCUGCGGAGCAGUCAGGAGAUCUUGGAGAGCCAGGCCAACCUCCAGAGCUGGUCACAAGGGGCCAGCCUGAGUCCGUAUGAGCAAUUGGCCAUGUUCCAGGCUGAGGAAGCCCAGUUGGGUGGCAUGGAGUACCCGUCCUUGAAUACGGGCUUUCCCUCGGAGUUCCUGCCCCAGCCUUACCUGGAUGGAGGCGGCAUCCAGGUCCCCGGCAACGCCAGCCUAAUGCAGCAGCUACAGCAGGGCCGAGGCAACGUCUUCCAAGAACUGGAGUCUGCCUACCAGGAGCCCCGGCCCGACCUCCUGGGCCAGUUCAGCAUGUACCAGAGAGAAGACCUGCAGUUCAGCGCGAGCGCCCAGCACGGGCCCUACAUGAGUGAUGACCCUGCCCUCCAGUUCUCACCCUCUGAGCUGGGCUUCAUGUCCUUCAGUAUGCAGGUGCCCGAGCCCGAGCCUCGGGAGCUGGCAGUGCAGAACGCCAAGGCCUACCUGCUGCAGACCAGCGUCAAUUGCAACCUCAGCCUGUACGAGCACCUUGUGAACCUGCUGACCAAGAUCCUGAACCAGCGGCCCGAGGACCCCCUGUCCAUCCUGGAGUCGCUGAACCGCACCGCCCAGUGGGAGUGGUUCCACCCCAAGCUGGACACGCUGCGGGACGACCCGGAGAUGCAGCUCACCUACGAGAUGGCCGAGAGGCAGAAGGCCCUGUUUGUCCGGGGCGGCAGCGGUGAAGGCGAGCAGGACAUGGAGGAGGAGGUGACCGAGACUGCAGUGCCCAACAUCAUGGAGACAGCCUUCUACUUCGAACAGGCGGGCGUGGGCCUGAGCUCAGACGAGAGUUUCCGCAUCUUCGUGGCGCUGAAGCAGCUGGUGGAGCAGCAGCCCAUCCACACGUGCCGCUUCUGGGGCAAGAUCCUGGGGCUCAGCGGCAGCUACCUGGUGGCCGAGGUGGAGUUCCGGGAGGGCGAGGAGGAGGUGGAGGAGGAGGAGGUGGAGGAGCUGACGGAGGGCGGCGAGGCCAUGGAGGCGCACGGCGAGGAGGAGGGCGAGGAGGACGAGGAGAAGGUCACCGACGUCAUCCCCAAGCCCACGUGGAAGCCGCCGCCGGUCAUCCCCAAGGAGGAGAGCCGUUCGGGCACCAACAAGUUCCUGUAUUUCGUGUGCAACGAGCCAGGCCGGCCGUGGACGCGGCUGCCGCACGUCACGCCCGCCCAGAUCGUGCACGCGCGCAAGAUCAAGAAGUUCUUCACCGGCCACCUGGACGCGCCGGUCAUCAGCUACCCGCCCUUCCCCGGCAACGAGGCCAACUACCUGCGGGCCCAGAUCGCCCGCAUCUCGGCAGCCACGCACAUCAGCCCGCUCGGCUUCUACCAGUUUGGCGAGGAGGAGGGCGACGAGGAGGAGGAGGGCCGCACCGGGCGCGACACGUACGAGGAGAACGCCGACUUUGAGGGCAUCCCGGUGCUCGAGCUGGUGGACUCCCUGGCCAAUUGGGUGCAUCACAGGCAGCACAUCCUGCCGCAGGGCCGCUGCACUUGGGUGAACCCUUUGCAGAAGACAGAGGAGGAGGAGCUGGGGGAGGAGGAAGAGAAGGCCGACGAGGGGGUUGAAGAGGUGGAGCAGGAGAUCGGGCCCCCGCUGCUGACGCCGCUCUCGGAAGAUGCAGAAAUCCUGCACACGUCACCCUGGACCACGCGCCUGUCCUGCAGCCUCUGCCCGCAGUACUCCGUAGCCGUCGUGCGCUCCAAUCUCUGGCCGGGGGCCUAUGCCUACGCCAUCGGCAAGAAGUUCGAGAACAUCUACAUCGGCUGGGGCCACAAAUAUAGUCCCGAGAACUUCAACCCGUCCCUGCCGGGCCCCAUCCAGCACGAGUACCCCAGCGGCCCCGAGAUCAUGGAGAUGAGCGACCCCACGGUGGAGGAGGAGCAGGCCCUCAAGGCUGCCCAGGAGCACGCCCUGGCGACCGCCGAGGAGGAGGAGGAGGAGGAGGACGAAGACGAGGACGAGGACGCGGAUGACUGAGGCCCCACGGCCCCCUGCCCCGAGCAGGCUGAUAGCAGGUUUUCCCUGAUACGCAGUUAGGUGUUGUUUUUUCUCUGUUGGU